AUGGCUCCAUCACCAGCAGCCGGAGCAACUCGCUCCCAAGAACCCUCUACACCAACAAGACAAGGCAAGAGCCCACAAUCCUCAUCUACCCAGAAACUUAGCUCAUCAAAACCAGCGCAACAACAAGCAUCAAGUGGCACACCCAAGUCCGCGACGAGAAAACCGCCGAAGCUUGGAGCCUCAAAGUCGACGCCGAAGAAGCCGACUGAGGAGGAGACUCCCAAGCCAGCGGAGAAAUCUGACGAGAAGUCCCAGUCGAAACCUGAGGAGUCUGAGAAGACUGAGGGCGAAGGCGAGGAUGAGGGCCAAGGUCAGGGUAUUGGGCUGAAGGACAAUGAUCCGGAGCCGGAUGUUUCUGGCAAGCAGCCGGGCAACGAUACUGGUGCUGAGGAGACGUCUGUGGCUGAUACUUCUGAGCUUGAGUCGCAGGCACCUGAGCCGGAGGCUGAUGAUGAUGAUGAUGAUGAUGACGAUGACGCGGAGGAGGAGACUGAGGAGACGGUCACUGGCGCUCGAGAUACAGCUGAUGAUGCUGCUGAGCAGGCAACUGAAACCGCUACCAAGGCCGCUGAAGAUGAAGGCACAGAGGAGGAGGAAGAUGAGGAGGAAGACAACCAGCAGACCGAGACUGAAGGUGGCGCAGAAGGUGAUGAUGAAGCCGACAACAAGGGUGGUGCGCUUGGUGGUCUCAAGUCAACAGCUGGUGGACUUGGCAAAGGUGUCACUGGCACAGUUGGAAAAGCUGGUGGUAACGUCAAGGACACUGUCUCUGGAACAGCUGAUAAGGCUGCGGAAGGUGACGCUACUGGUGCUGCGACCGGAGCUGGCGAGGGUCUAAAGCAGGCUGCCGAAGAUGCUGCUGGUGACGUCAAGGACACUGGUGAGGAAGCUACCGAAGAUGUCAAAGAUACUGCCGAAGGUGCGAAGGACGAUGUUCAAGACACCGCUGAGGAUGUUGCCAGUGGAGACCCAGAGCAGGUUGCCAAGGGCGCACAAGAGAAGGGUGAACGCGACGCAGGCGAGCUGAAGGAGACCGCCGAAGAUACAGCCGAUGGCGUCAAGGAUACAGCAGAGGAGACCGCCGAAACUGGUCAAGACGCAGCCGAGAACGCUAAGGAAACUGGCGAGAAGGCUGCUCAGGGUGAUGCUGCUGGUGCUGCUGAGGGCGUCAAGGACACUGCUGACGAUGCGGUGGGUGACGUCACUGACCAGGUUCAGGACUUGUCGCUGCUGAAGGGUCUCAAGGUUGGUGAGAAUGGCAACAUCUCCGAUAAGGAUGGCAACGUUAUUGGCAAGCUCACCGAAGGCGAGCCAGAAGAUCUUGAAGGCUACGAGGUCGGUGAUGAAGGAGAGAUCCUUGACGAGGAUGGCGACGUUGUUGGACGAUGCGAUCUUGCACAGAAGGAGGCCGACGAUGUUAAGGACAAGACCGACGAUGCUGCAGCUGAAGCCAAGGACACCACCGAGGACGCUGAAGACAAGGUCGAUGAGACCGCUGAAGAUGCUGAAGAUCAGGUUGAGGAUGUUGAGGAUCAGGCUGAAGAUGCUGCCGAAGAAGCUAAGACCUACAUGCCUGAUAUCGGUGUGCUUAAGGGUCUUGAAGUCCAAGAGAACGGAGACAUACUCGACAAAGAGGGCAACGUCCUCGGCAAGCUCGACGAAGGUGACCCCAGUGACCUUGUUGGCAUGACUCUCAACGAAGAAGGCGAAAUCCUUGAUGAGGACGGUGACGUCGUCGGUCGAGCUGUCACUGUGCCACAGCCCAUCAAGGAGGAAGCUGAAGAAGCUGCUCCAGAGUUACCUGGUCUUGACGCUCUCGACGGCUUGAAGGUCGACGAAGACGGCGCCAUCAAGGAUGAUCAAGGCAACAAGCUCGGUCAAAUCACCGAAGGCGACCCUGCUGACCUUGCUGGACUUACCGUCAACAAAGACGGCGAAGUACUUGAUGAAGAUGGUGAUGUCAUUGGCCGUGCUGAGAUCGCACCUGAAGCAGCUGAAGCUCUGAAGGAUCAGGUCGAUGGUGCCAAGGAAGAAGCUGAGCAAAUCUCUGCCGAAGCCGAGCGUGUCAAGGACCUUGAAGAGCAACUAAAGCCUAACCUCGAUAUUGUCGAGGGUCGCAAACUCAACAAGAAGGGCAAUAUCAUCGAUGAUGAAGGCGAGAUCCUAGCCAAGUUAGUUGAGGGUGAUGCCAAGCAAUGCGCAGGCAAGAUUCCUAACGAGAACGGUGAGAUCCUCGACGAUGAUGGAAAUGUCAUUGGCAAGGUCGAAGUUGUCACAGGUGAAGCCGCCGAGCAAGCAAUGGAGGAAGCUCACCCGGAGCUUGUCGAACAGCUUGAAGAGGCUCAAAAGGCUGCCGAAGAAGCCAAAGAAAAGGGUGAAGAUGCUCAAGAGAAAGGCGAGGAAGCCCAGGAAACUGGCGAAGACGCUGAUGAGCAUGCAGGCACUGCUGAAGACAAAGCUGAAGAGGCUGCCGCCAAGGCUGAGGAUGCCAAGGAGGAGGCUGAGAAGAAGGUCGAUUUCUCCCAGCUUGAGGGUCUCAAGGUCAACAAGAAAGGUGAAGUCGUCAAUGAGGAUGGUGAAGCUAUCGCCAAGCUUGCUGAAGGGUUUGACCUGGACGCUGUUCGAGGCAAGAAGAUUGGCGAGAACGGUGAGAUCAAAGACGCUGAUGGCAACGUCAUUGGCAAGGUCGACUUCCUGCCUGAUGCUGUCAAGGAAGGUCUGGUCGAGAUGAUCGAAGAGGCCAAGCCUGAUGAAGAAGACGAAGAGGAUGAGGAGGAUCUGUCAGUGCUCGAAGGCUUGAAGGUCAACAAGAAGGGCCUUGUGCUGGACGAGGACGGUGAGGAGAUUGCCCACCUUGUCGAUGGUGAGCUUGAACAAUGUGCAGGCAAGAAGCUCAACGACAAGGGUGAGGUCCUUGACAAGAAGGGCAAAGUCAUUGGCAAGGUUGAGAUGACCACCAAGCAAGAAGAGCAGCCCGAGGAAGAAGCAGAAGAUGCUGCUGCCGAAGAUGAGGGUCUGCCACCACUAUCGAUUCUCGAAGGUCUCAAGGUCAACAAACAAGGCAAGCUCGUCGACAGGGACGGCAAAGUUGUCGGUGAACUCAUUGAAGGUGAUGCCAAGAAACUCUGGAAGAGUGGCAACACGUGUGACGACCAAGGUCAAUUCUGGGAUGGCCGAGGCAGAGUCAUUGGCAAAGCUAAGACACUUCCAAAAGAGGAUGAUGAUGUCGAAGCUGAGUUUGCUGGUCUUGAAGGUCUUGUUGUCGUUGCUGAUGGCUUCGUUGAGGAUGAGAAUGGCAACCGAGUCGGCAAGCUCACCGAGGGUGAUGCCAAGCGCCUGGUCGGUCGAUCUGUCGAUGAAGAUGGUGAUGUGAUUGACAAGAAGGGCAACGUUGUUGGCCACGCUGAACGAUAUGAGGAGCCCGAAGCUGAGCCCGAACCAGAGCCAGAAGCAAUUGAUCUCUCCGAGCUUAAAGGUCUCAAACCCAACAAGCAAGGCAAUGUCAUCGGCCCUGAUGGUGUACCAAUCGGUCGUGUUGUUGAGGGCAACGUCAAAGAACUUGCAGGACGAAGCAUUGACGGCCAAGGUCAAAUCUGGAACGAUCGCGGUGAAGUCAUUGGUCGCUGCGAGCUGAUCCCACCUGGUGAGCGAGAAGCUAAACCCGAAGGACCUUUCGCUGGUCUGGAAGGUGUGGUUGUUCGUUCCGAUGGUCUUGUCGCAGAUCACGAGGACAAUGUCGUUGGUAAGGUUGUUGAAGGUGAUGUGAAGAAACUUGUCGGUCGACCUGUGGAUGAGGAUGGUGACAUCAUUGACAAAUUUGGCAACGUCAAGGGUCAUGCUGAGCCAUACGAGAUUCCAGAAGAAGAGGAGGAAGCUCCUGAGGAUCUGUCUGCACUUGCUGGAAAGACUGUUAACAAGCAGGGCAAGGUUGUCGACCAACAAGGAAACAUCUUCGGUGAAGUCGUCGAGGGUGAUCCAAAGAAACUUGUUGGCUGCAAGGUUGAUGGUCAAGGCCAGAUCUGGUCUAAUGACGGUAAGGUUAUCGGCAAGGCAGGUCUGAUCCAAGGUGGUGAUGACGGCCGUGCUGAAGGCCCGUUCUCUAACUUCGAGAGCACCGAAGUCACCAAAGACGGAUAUGUGGUCAAUCCAGCUGGAGACAUCAUCGGUCGAAUCACAGAAGGUGAUGUCAAGAAGCUCGUUGGACGUCAUGUUGAUGACGAUGGCGAUAUCACCGACAAGAACGGUAAUGUCAUCGGCCACGCAGAACGCUGGGAGCCAGAACAGAAGGAACGUGAGGUCAACCCCAUGUCUGGUCUUCGUGUCAACAGAGAAGGUGAAGUUCGUGACAAGAAUGGCGACCUCAUUGGUCGACUUACUGCUGGCAAUCUUCCUCACUGCAUCGGCAAGGAGAUCAACGACAACGGUGAUGUGAUUGACCAAGAUGGUAACAAGGUCGGUGAGGUCACGCUUCUCGAAAACAUUCCUCAAGAAGAAGAAGAGGAGGAGGAAGGCCCUACUGAAGAAGAACUCAAGGCUCAAGAGGAACGAGAAGUUGCCAAGAAUAUCGGAAACAUCAUCAACCAGACCAUCGAGAAGAUGGAUCCGAUAUGCAAACAGAUCACUGAGCACAUCGAAAAAGCAGACAGAACACCAAAGGAAGAGCUAGACGAAGAGAAGCUCGUCGACGACGUCAAGCCUCUGAUCGAAGAAGGCAACAAGAUUCUCGGAGAGUGCAAUGGUGCUAUUCGGGGUCUCGAUCCAGAUGGUCACAUCGCUGCUCAAGCCAAGGCACGUGCUGCUUCUGGUGAAGCUUCGCCCGAGGAGCACCGCGUUGCCGAAGGUCUGAAGGAGCUUACAACAAGAAUUGUCACGACUGUCGACAAUGCCAAGAAGAGACUUCAGGACAUGCCUCAUGCAAAGAAGAAGCUGAACCCACUUUGGGGUCUGCUCACCGAGCCAUUGUUCCAGAUUUUGGCUGCUGUCGGUCUGCUGCUCAGCGGUGUCCUGGGACUGGUGGGCAAGCUGUUGAACGGUCUCGGCCUUGGUGGUCUCGUCAAUGGCAUCCUAGGUGGACUGGGUAUUGACAAGCUGCUCGGUGGUAUGGGUCUGGGCUCGAUUGGUGAAGCUCUGGGCUUUGGUGGUGGAAAGAAGAAGAAAUAG